AGUCAUUGACUAGCUUAUUCAUAAAUGCGUCGUUGUAAUGUACGAUUAGCAAUAUAACAGCAGGAAGACGCCCACUGAGAUUACUGGAGCCAACACGUGAAACUAGCUCAAUCUAUUUUAAUACAGUCUAUGCGCGCUUCACAACAAAAAAUGUGGAUUCCGAAAGUUCCGUUCAAAAGCGUUUGUUCCUAGAAAUCAGCUGAUGUGUGGUUUCUCAUUAAUUGGUUGGUAUUUAAGUACCGGGCUCCAAAACCCGUCAUCAUUUGUCUACAGGUCUUCUGCCGAACGAGAGGUCGAUGUAAGAAGUACAUGCUUUCCCCAGAUAGGGUAUUGUCUGAAAAGAAAAACACAAAAUGGCGUGCGAUGAUUACGAGUACAUUUGUACUGAAGACAUGCCUACUCAGCACUACUAUGAAUCUCUGCAUAAUUCAUGUGAGGAUAUUACGGACAAAUUUCAAAAUAUUUCCAUUGACGACAACAAGAAGCCAGUUAUGUGUGGAGUGUGUCUGAACGUCAACAUUUCUGAUUGCUGCUUGCAUGCUAAUUUGAGUAUGGACUGUGAGGACAUCAUUUCUCCAACACAGAGUGAAUGCGUGGACCUGUUGUCACAAGACAAGGACGGAGAUACCAACCUCCACAUUGCAAUAAUACAGAGAGAGAUUUGCAUCGUGAGGAACAUGAUUGGACUAGCUCCUCACAGCGACUGGUUAAAUACUUCUAAUGGACUGUUGCAAACUCCUCUUCACCUCGCUGUAAUUACACGUCAAAUAGACGUUGUGCGACGUCUGAUUACGUCAGGAGCUUCUCCUGACGUCAGAGAUCUCCAUGGUAACACCCCUCUUCACAUUGCAUGCAGGGAAGGGUACGGCGAUAUUGUGGAAUAUCUUUUAACGCCCAGAAACUUUGAAGAAGUUACUGAUUUGAAGUUACCACAUAUUCCUCGCGACUUAUCACUAAGAAACUACGAGGGUCAUUCGUGUGUACAUCUCGCUGCCAUGGAAACCAAUUUGAGAGUGAUGGAUUUGUUACUUUCCGCCGGUGCAGACAUUAACAUUGGUGACGGAAAGAGUAGAAGAACGGUCCUUCAUCGGGCUAUAGAGACUGGCAACAGAAUACUGCUACAUUUCUUGUUAAUGUUUGAGAAACUGGACGUCAACUGUACGACGUACGCAGGGCUGACGCCAUUAGCUUUAGCGGCCGGUCGGGGCUACAAUGACAUCGUCGCCAUCUUGAUUUCUAAUGGUGCAGACACCGAAUACAUAGAAAAAGACAGUGAAUGUUAUUGAACAUUUCUGAGUGGGUGAGUGAGUGUUUGUUUGUUAGUUGGUUCAAUGUUGCAUAUUACGUCACUGAAAAUCAGAUGACGUCAUUAUUUGCUGAGGACCAAAUCCGAUCGGCACUUGCCUCCAUGCGAAUGCAAGGCAGCAUCCUAUUAUAUAGAUGUGUAGUGUAACAGUUGUUUGCUUUAUGCAGCGAUUAGUUAGUAUUAGUGCUACAUUUGGAUAUAUAUCUUGUUUUUCGUUCUCGCAAACGUAAGUUUCCAAGGGCAGGGAAACAAACGUUGUUUUGUGGGUUCUCGCAGUUAUAUGCUCAUCGACUUUGUUAUUGUUAUGUGUUUUAUUACUCGUACGUGGAAGACACUGCAGUGUAAUAUUUUUACGGCAAUAUUACACUAGUGUCAUACCGCUAGACGUAUGACGUCAUAAUGGUUUACAGUUAUGACGUCACAAUGCUAAUGCCGCUGUCGCAAUGGUACUAGACCUCGCUUGACUCACGGAAAGCUGAGAGUCAUCACACUGUAGGCAAUUUCGCCGCAGUUUUUAUCAAUUUAUGUU